GUGAGGAGAAUGAAAUUCAUGCAGACAGAGGAUUGAUUGGAGAGUAAAGAAGAGAAUAAGGAGAGAUACUGAGUGAAAUCUUCAUAUCUAACUCUACACAGGAUCUAUAGAAAGUCAGAGAUGGAGAAACUCAUUCAACUGAUUUUAGUUUGUGUUCUCAUUUCCAUUCCAGCUAGUUUAGAAGAGAAUUUAGCACGUAGAGGAACGGUCACACAGUCAUCCACAUAUUACGCCUUUGUAGCUCAAAACGCCAUAGAUGGUUUAAGAUAUGGAUCAGGUGAAGCUGCAUACUGCUCCAUUACUGAAUAUCAGUUAAGUCCAUGGUGGAGGUUGGAUCUCUUGGAUUAUUAUGAGAUUAGUACAGUAGUCAUCACUGCUAGAUCAGACUGUUGUCCUUAUCAAACCAAUGGAGCAGAGAUUCGUAUUGGAAACUCCACUGAAAACAAUGGAACCAACAAUCCCAUAUGUGCUGUAACUUCAGGUUUUCAGCUUGGUCAAACUAUCAGUUACUCAUGUGGUGUAAUGGUGGGACGUUAUAUAACUGUGGUCAUGACUGGAGGUACAUAUACUCUCACUCUCUGUGAGGUUGAGGUCUAUGAUACAGAGAAUGUAGCACGUCAAGGAACAGUUAUACAAUCAUCCACAUAUUUUGUAGCUCAAAAUGCCAUAGAUGGUAAAAGAUAUGGACCAGGUGAAGCUGCAUACUGCUCCAUUACUGCAUAUCAAAGUGACCCAUGGUGGAGGUUGGAUCUUCAGUAUAAAUAUGAGAUUGGCACAGUCAUCAUCACUGCUAGAUCAGAUUGUUGUGUGGCUCAAACCAACGGAGCAGAGAUUCGUAUUGGAAACUCCCUGGAAAACAAUGGAAACAACAAUCCCAGGUAA